AUGCCGUCAUCAAAGGAGCUGCCGCCUUCACCGACACCCUUUUUUCCCAAUCAAUUCAUCAAGAACCAAUUCCGCUCCAAGCCUCAGUAUCCCCCCGAGAACACCGAUCUCUCCGGGCAGGUUGCUAUCGUGACGGGCUCCAAUACGGGCCUGGGGCUUGCAUGUGCUCAACAACUUCUCUCCUUCAAACUUUCUCGGUUGAUUCUAGCCGUUCGAAGCGCAGCAAAGGGUGAAAAUGCUGCGGCCAAGCUGCGAAAACAGUAUACCCAGGCCACCAUCGAAGUUUGGCAGCUGGAUAUGACCUCCUACGAGUCCGUUCAAGCUUUUGCAACAAGGGCUGAGAAGCAUCUUUCCAGAUUGGAUCUUGCCGUCUUGAAUGCCGGUAUCGCUGGGUCUGAUUUCAAAAUCGUCCCCAGCACUGGGCAUGAGGAGGCCUUGCAGGUCAACUACUUGUCAACCGUGCUUCUCACUAUCCUCCUUCUUCCUGCCCUCAAAGACAAGUUACCAGCUGGCACACCCGGACGAUUGACAGUUGCCACGACUAUGCUUUCAAUUACAGCCAAGUUCGCCAAUAAGAAUGCGAAGCCGCUCUUGCCCUCAUUUGACGAUAAGAAAAAUUUUGAUCCCAUCGACAACUAUCCGAAAACAAAGUUCCUGACCCAACUGUGCCUCUGGAAGUUGACAGACUUGGUAUCAAGUGAUGAUGUUAUCAUCAACAUGGUGGAACCUGGCUCUACUAAAGGCACAGAGCUCCAGCGAGACGCCCCUGUUGCCGUGAAAGCUUUUCUCGCUUUACUGAAAAGUGUGUCAGCCCGGGAUGUUAAGCUUGCAGCGUCGACAUAUCUUGAUGCUGCGAUCGUCAAAGGGAAGGACUCACAUGGAAGUAUUCUCAUGAACUGGGAGAUAGCACCUUAUGCCCCUUUCCAGUACACGAAAGAGGGAAGAGAGGUUAUGGAGCGGCUUUGGAAGGAGACAAUCAAAGAGCUUGGUCCUCUUGGCGUCAGCGACAUUCUCAAAUCCUUAUGA